AAAAAUUUUAUGUUUUCUUUUCUUCGGUGAUUUGGAUUUUGGUGUUUUGCAGGGGAAAAAAGAAUCUUUAUUAAUGAUAAAUUGGAUAGCAAUCUGAUUAGUUUCUGUUGAUUCAAUUGUUUUGCAAUGAAUAAAGUUUACUUCUCUUUGCGAGUGUCCCGUUCUCUUCUCCAUUCCUUCAAACCUCAAACUCAGAAACCCCUUUUUAUUUGAUCUCAAGUUGACCCUUUUGUUCAAUUUAGUAACAUACCAACUCUUGUUACAUGGAGGUUAAGCUAUGGAACGACAAGCGCGAGAGAGAAAUGUAUGAGAACUCUGCAGAGUAUCAAGGCAACAGAGAAGCUUGAGAAGGCUUAUGUGAGGGAUAUUAUUUCAUCAUCUGAAUAUGAGACUGAGUGCCAAAAGCUUAUUGCCCAUUUCAAAACCUUGGCUUCUACUCUAAAAGACACUGUUCCCAGCAUUGAACGCUUAGCAGAUACAUAUAAAAUGGACUGCCCGGCUGCUAUAAGCCGUCUAUUGACAUCUGGUGUGCCUGCCACUGUGGAGCACCGCGCUGCGGAAGCUGCCUCUGACUCUGCGACUACUUCUGCUGCCAUUGUGGCUGAAUGUGUGCAGAAUUUUAUUACUGCCAUGGAUUCAUUGAAACUCAACAUGGUGGCAGUUGAUCAAGUGUAUCCUUUGUUGUCUGACCUCUCUGUAUCACUCAACAAGCUUGGUAUUUUGCCACCUGAUUUUGAGAGGAAGAUAAAGAUGAAGGAAUGGAUCUCAAGGUUGGCUAAGAUGGGGGCAGCAGAUGAGUUAACAGAACAGCAAGCUAGGCAGCUCCACUUUGACUUGGAAUCUUCAUACAAUUAAUUUAUGGCAGCUUUGCCUAAUGCCGGGACUUGAACUCUAUAAGUAAUCCAAUAUGCCUUUUGUUUAGUGCUUCAAUCUGGUGGAUUCCCAGUAAUGUGUCAAACAGUUUUUUUAAGUUGGUAACAUUGCAUUCAUUUUGAGAGUUCUUGGAUUGUUUAAGCUCAAGAUGCUAUCGUGUGCUGAUUGUCAUUC